AUGAGGUCCCCAAUCUUCGCUGCCAAAUGGGUUUUCUUUCCUGCAUAUUCGGACAAGAGAUCGUUGAGAGCUACCCUUCCUCAAUUCCGUAUAACGUACAUCAGCUCACGGUUAAAUCGUGACCACACUAUGGCCGAGGCAUCAAACAUUCAAUUCCUGGAUAAUUCCACUGUCUUUGAUCUGCUGAUCAACCUCUCGAGAGAUGAAGCAAUCGAGCUCCGGCGGGUAGUUGAGCAAACAUUCAAAGAUUUCUCCGUCGGGGGCGAACGUCAAUAUCAACCUGCGCCAAGUUUCGUCAAUCGUCCGAACGGCCAAACCGCUCUUUUCAGACCUUUCACCUCGAACGAUAGUUUUGGAACUAAAAUCAUCGCUCAGUCCACACCUGGGCCUGAUGGCAAUAAAUGUGACAUUAGCGGUGUCAUAGUGCUCUGCGACAGUGCCGGUACUCCGACGGGCAUGCUCAGCUCGGAGGAAGUGACUGGCUACCGCACCUCGAUGAACGCGAUGGUUCCAUUCUCCUGGAGGAAACACGUUGACGAAAUUGUAAUCUUCGGGAGUGGUAUGCAGGCUUUAUGGCACACCAGACUGAUCCUCACGCUUCGGGGAUCGGAGGUCAAAACAAUCACCUAUGUCAGCUCGAGCAAACAGCGAGUGAAUGAUUUGAUUGCCAAAGUCUCGGCGGAGAACGAAGCACGCUGGAAGGCAGGCUGUUCCUUCCGAGUCCUCGACUCUACCACUUCCGACUUUCAGCAGAAUCUCGAGUCCUGUUUGCAAACUGUAGAUUGCAUAUUUUGCACCACACCAUCAAAGAAGCCUCUAUUCCCGGCCAAAUAUCUAGCAGGGAGAGAUGCUCGGCGUCCCUUUCUCUCCGCUGUUGGCUCUUGGCAGUCCGACAUGAUCGAGGUGGACCCGGAGUUAUUGCAUCUUGCUGUCGCGCCCAAGGCCGGUUAUAACCCGAUCACUAAGAAGGAAGACGGCGUUAUUCUCGUUGACGACCGUGAGUUUGGCCUUGCUCAUUCCGGAGAGCUGCUUCAGGGUAAAAUCGCCGCGAAGGAUGUUGUGGAGCUUGGUGAAAUCUUAUCUUUGACAGCUGCGGACGAUGCUGAUGGAUCGACGGGGACGAACAUCCAAAAGACGAACCACUUUGUUUCCGAAGGCUUGGUCAUCUAUAAGAGUGUUGGUGUGAGUCUCACGGAUUUAACAGUAAGCAAUGCCAUUCUUCAGUUGGCAAAGGCAAAAAGAGACUAG